UGUGUCCUAUCUUGCGCAUAUGCAAAACUGUGCACGAGAAACAUGGCAGAUUCGGACCUUUACAUGCAAUGUGAUGAAGAUGAUCUAGAGCCAUGCCAGAGUAUUACAGAAAACAGGAACCAGCGAUUUAACAAAGUUACUGUAGUCGCAAGUGGCAAUAGUGCACAAUCUGUUGGCACCGCUGAACCGACAUCAGCUACAACUGACCUCGUAAAUCAAGCUGUGCCUUUGGCUUCUGCUCCUGCUGUUACGUUAGUGCCUAAUGCUGUCCAGCCGGGUGGAGCUGCAGGUGGCACACUUGGCCAGACUAUCUACAUCAGUGCACAGCCUAAUCCAGGUCAGCCUUUGGCAGGGCCAAUGAGUUUGGGAACAUCACUUGGUUACAUCUUGAAUGGACAGCCUAUUAGUUUUCUUACUGCUGCUCAGACACCCCAGUUAAUUGCUCCGCGGAUGGUCACCCCAGGGAGUGCAGUACAGCAAACGACGCCUGGAAAACUAUCAGCAUUGCAGAUCCCAGUCACCUUGACCAUCAAUAGCCCCUCGAACGUACAAAGCAUCACCUCAUCGGCCCCAGGAGUGACCACUCUCAAUGUGACACCCUCCAACGUCCUACCAGCCGCAGCUCCAGGUGCAACAAUUAAAGUUAUAAAGUUUACGAAGCUUGCUGGAGCAGCUGCUGGUCAAGUAGUGAGUUCACUAGUGCAGCCCACCUCAACCGUCACCAUCCAAAACAACAUAAACAGAGCUCCAGCCCCAUUCCUGUCUGGUGGGCUGUCUCAGACUGUGAGACCUCAAGCACAGAUCUUUGCCCCUCCUGCCACAACAACUAACGCAUUAAAAAGAGGCGCCAGUUCUUCGAAUUCCUGUGUCCGCUGUAAAGCCGUUUACCAAAAGAGUCAGUCCCUCCGUGGAUACUUCUGUCAAUGCAAUCAAGAACUUAUCAAGAGUGUCCGGGACCUGAAGGCCCAAGCUAGAAAAAGGAUCAAGCGCACGAGUGACAAAACCCACUCGAAACCCUCCACAUCAGAGAAUCCCGUUUCCUUCUCCACGUCCUCAGAAACAUCUCUCAAACACGUCACCACUUCUGAGAUACCUGAGGGAGUGCCUAAUCCUCGCUCUGGAGAUUUUGACGACCAAGGCAGAAUGAUCAUGUUAGUUGAAGACUUCUUCUAUGGGCAACAUCCUGGCCAACCUGCAUCAUUAAGAACCAAUGCAGAUCCUGUUGCAAUGAAAUGCCAGUUCUGUGACAAGAAGGUGAAGGGCAACAUCAAGAUGAUGAACCACAUGAAACACCACAUGGAGUUGGAGCGCCAAACAGGGGAAGUGGACUAUCAUUCUAUGUGCCAGCAUUGCUACAGAAACUUCUCAACGCCCUUCCGUCUGCAGUGCCACGUUGAGACAGUUCAUAACCAUGCAGAGUCCUCAAAAGUGUGCAAGAUCUGUGAGUGGUCCUUUGAGAGCGAACCCCUCUUUCUGAACCACAUGAAACACGCGCACAAGCCCGGUGAGAUGCCCUACAUGUGUCAGGUGUGCGAAUACCGAUCUUCUUUCUACCAAGAUGUUAUAAGCCACUUCACAGAGCAGCACAAGGACACCUGCAUCUUAAUGUGUCCCUACUGCUUAAAAGUGUUUAGGUCGUGUGGUGGCUUCCAGUUGCACUACAUUAGACAUCAGAAAAAAAAAGCGCAUCAUUGUGGCAGAUGCCGACUUCAGUUCACUUGUGAGAAGGACGAGUUGCACCACAGACAAAGGUUUCACAGGACCUGUGUCAAACCCAAGCAAUUAGAGGGCCUCACACCUGGAACUAGGGUAAUCAUCCGAGCUUACGCUGACAGUACUGACAACAGAGAUCAGUUAGGAGCACCUCCAUUGAACACUUCCUCAAAUGUUACAUCAACACCUGCAGCAUCUCACAGUGUCACCAAUAAAGUCAUUCCUCUCAAGAAAAAGCCAGUGGAAAGCAUGAUGGAGCUAAUGGUCAAGUUUGAGAGUCAAUGCAAGCCAACAGAAAAACACUUCUGCAUGGAAUGCAACUUUGACAUUCCAUAUUUUUCCAACCAUUUCCCCACCUACGUGAGCUGUUCCCUCUGCCGAUACUGUACUUGCUGUUCCAGAGCUUAUGCGAAUCACAUGAUCAGUGUACAUGUUCCUCGGAGAAGCACCAAAAAAUAUAUCACCCUAUACAAACCCUGCCCAAAGAAGGGGAGACUGAACUGUACCACAUGUAGAUACAAAACUCGGGUUGGAGAUUCGAUGGCCAAACAUCUUGCUGAUUAUCCUAAACAUCAAGCAAGCCGGUGCACCUUGCGGGAAGGAUUUUCACGUGGCUACAAAAGAUUCGUCUUCAUCCCAACGGACCUACUCCGAGGAGGUCAGAUACUCAACAACGCAUUCUUUUUGCCUUUGCAAGUGAAGCAAGUGAACAGGAGUUCACUUCCUCUGUCCUCUACACCCCUUCCUCGACCCAGCUACACAAUAACGCUGCCUGCUAGUCCCGCUCACACAGCGUCCUUUCCCAUUCAGGUUCAACCUAUUGAACAAACUCCCAUUCCAGACAAAAACUGUGGCGUCAAACCAGAUGCUCCGAAGCAAACUUUGAACGGAGGGCUUUCUGAAGUCGAUACAGGACGUACAGUGGAGAACACGCUCACCGUAGCUCAGCUGAAAGUUGUACUGUACGCCCUCUGCUGUGGGGUCCCACAGGCCGCCAAUCACUUCGACACUCCUCCGGAAGAAGUCCAGUCGUUGCUUUUGAAACGGAAGCUUCAGCUUGAGCCCUUGAGAAGCAGAGAAGGCUUGACGCCACAGGCGGCCGAUAGGUUAGUCGAAUGGGUGCUGUGCCAACGUGAGCAACAGCUACCUAUCGAUGAAGCUAACCUUUUCGACUUCAUGAGCAGUCAUGGUGCGCAAGAUAUCUCUUACGACUCGGCGGUUGAUUUCUUGCUACGCCAUGAUCUGGGCUUGCAGGCGUUUGCCACCUCCAGCAAGUUGCUACCGGGUAAAUCCCAGGAGCUGGAGCGCUCCUUCAGCAGCUUCCUGAAAAAGCAAGUUAAUUCACAAGCAUUUAGACUAUCUUCUAUGGGCGCCAUGGAUGAGCUUUCCAUAUUUGUAGAUAUGCAGCAGCUGGAUGAAGCUUCUGCAGAUUCAUCGUCCAUGUUGUCUGCUUUUAAGUUGAUGGGCACCACACAUCCACUCGUAGAGGUUGUGUUCACAGCCCUGGCUGAUGGGACCACAUUGUCCACCAUGCUUUUCCUCAGAGGCGAACCUUUCAAACCAGAUGCACAUUCCUUGCCAGACCUCAUCAUCCUGGAGGCUAGACCAGAAGGGUUCACGGAUGAAGAAAAACUACAGCUUUGGUUGGACAAGGUGUGGUGUCGGCAUGUCAACCCUAGUUCUGGAGGCAAAGGAUUGCUGAUAAUGGACACAUACAAAGGCCACACGUCUAAUGAAUUCUUGGCGGCGCUCAACAGUGCCAACACUCUUCCAGGUCUGAUCCCUCGCAGUUGCUCUCGCCGUCUGCAGCCCCUCGAAGCCUGCCUGGGGCCUGUGUUACGCGAGUUUCUGCAGGCUCGAUGGAGCGAGCAUGUGACGACGGCGCCACAGGAACUGGUUGGAGCCAAAUCAGCUGACCUUGCUCUUCUUCUUUCUCGCUGGCUUGUGGAGGUACUGGAUGUCCUUAAAGCAGAGCCUAAGCUACUCUUCCGCUCUUUCGAUCGGGUUUUGAGCUCAAACCCAGAGGUGACGUCUGAGGAACCUUCAGAGCUCGUGCGGAGUCUCACUGAAGCUCUCCUUGUCAGUAAAUUGCAAGGAGAUAAAGUUGAGGAGCAGAAAGCGGAGACCUCGAGUAUUGUUUCUGCAGAAUCUUUGUCCUCUCCGCAGUCCAGCAUGCUUUCGUUGAAAAAGAUCUUUGAGAAAGACAGCGAUUUGGAGUCUUUCCAUGGUUUUGAGGAAUCAGAAAUCAUAGAUCAUUAAGUCAGAUCAUCAAAACUUGCAGGCGUUUUACGUGCCUUCUGCCACCAAUAACUGAUGAUUUUAAUUUUGGAGAAUAAAAUGAACUUCUCAUUGAAGUGUCUUUGAAAAUGAGUCAUGCAAAUGUAGGUUAUUGCUUGCAUAUGUCUGUAUGGUUGCAUUUGUAAAUAUUUUUUUGCAUUAAUGGGUGCUAAAGAUCCCUAGUUUGAAGUCCUCUGUAGUCAAGGCUUUUACUAUUCUUUGAACUACUAAUGUGCAACCUGUUACACCAUGUGGUUUAGUUUAUCACUGUUUUCCUUUUCAUCAGGUUUGAUCUCUAUCAUAAUGUGCAUAAAUGUAAAUAGAAAUGAUUUGAAAUCAUUACCUACUGUAUUUAGGGUUAUACUGUAACAUAAUUGAUUCAUGUUAAAGAAUAAACACUUUUAUAGGUAA